AGAGAGGAGGAGAGAGAGAGAGAGAGAGAGAGAGAGAGAGAGAGAGAGAGAGAGAGAGAGAGAGAGAGAGACUGAUUAAGAAUUAGGAGUGAUUCAAGGAAAGCGAGCGCUCUAUCUUUGUGCAGUUGAAUAUUAACAUUUGAGGUGCUCUGAUCAGUGGAAGAGAGACAGAGCGGAUCAUCAUUCAUUCACCACGUUGACAACCUCGUCUGUGAUUGACAGCUGGAGUGGCAAAAAGCCAUGAGAUUUGUUAGUUGGGUUUGAGGGACACUUUUUUUCUUUUUUAAAAACUGAUUUUGGGGUAAAGAAGAUCUGCUUUCUUACCCCCGCUGCUGUAUUGGAAACGGGAGCGCUUUUAUGCUGAGUUAUUAUCUCUACCGCUUCCUUCAGGUCCAGUAGACUGAAGAUUUGGGACCGAUUGAUCACGUUGCUGGAGACUUUAAAGGAUUUUUUUCAUCAUUGUUGUUGUUGUUUUCCGGGGGAGUUUGCGUUUUUGUUUCUUUCCACACUGGCCUUAAAGAGGAUAUAUUAGAAGUUGAAGUAGGAAGGGAGCCAGGCAGGCCGAUGGCGCAAAGGUACGACGAUUUACCCCAUUACGGGGGGAUGGAUGGAGUAGGUAUCCCCUCCACGAUGUAUGGGGAUCCUCACGCUGCGAGAUCCAUGCAGCCAGUUCACCAUCUGAAUCACGGUCCUCCUCUGCACUCUCAUCAAUACCCGCACACAGCUCACACCAACGCCAUGGCCCCCAGCAUGGGCUCCUCUGUCAAUGACGCUUUAAAGAGAGAUAAAGAUGCCAUUUAUGGACACCCCCUGUUCCCUCUCUUAGCACUGAUUUUUGAGAAAUGUGAAUUAGCUACUUGUACACCCCGCGAGCCGGGGGUAGCAGGCGGAGAUGUCUGCUCCUCAGAGUCUUUCAAUGAAGACAUAGCAGUGUUCGCCAAACAGAUUCGUGCAGAAAAACCUCUAUUUUCUUCUAAUCCUGAACUGGAUAACUUGAUGAUCCAAGCCAUACAAGUAUUAAGGUUUCAUCUGUUGGAAUUAGAGAAGGUACACGAAUUAUGUGACAAUUUCUGCCACCGGUAUAUUAGCUGUUUGAAAGGGAAAAUGCCUAUCGAUUUGGUGAUAGACGAUAGAGAAGGCGGAUCAAAAUCAGACAGUGAAGAUAUAACAAGAUCAGCAAAUCUAACAGAUCAGCCAUCUUGGAACAGAGAUCAUGAUGACACAGCAUCCACACGCUCAGGAGGAACACCAGGACCCUCCAGUGGGGGGCACACAUCACAUAGUGGGGACAACAGCAGUGAGCAAGGUGAUGGCUUGGACAACAGUGUAGCUUCCCCCAGCACAGGUGAUGAUGAUGAUCCAGAUAAGGACAAAAAGCGUCAUAAAAAGCGUGGCAUCUUUCCCAAAGUAGCCACAAAUAUCAUGAGGGCGUGGCUGUUCCAGCAUCUAACACAUCCUUACCCUUCUGAAGAACAGAAAAAGCAGCUGGCACAAGACACAGGCCUCACUAUACUUCAAGUGAACAAUUGGUUUAUUAAUGCUAGAAGAAGAAUAGUUCAGCCCAUGAUAGACCAGUCCAAUCGAGCAGGCAAGUCCCCCAUAGUAACUGUAUUCAAGUCACGCAAGCGAAAGCCAUCCUCAAGCCAUUCACCGGGAGGUCCAUUACCUGUAAGUCAAGGAACACCUUAUAACCCAGACGGACAACCAAUGGGAGGUUUCGUAAUGGACGGUCAGCAACACAUGGGCAUCAGAGCACCAGGGCUGCAAAGUAUGCCAGGGGAGUAUGUAGCUCGGGGUGGUCCAAUGGGUGUGAGUAUGGGACAGCCAAGUUAUACCCAACCCCAGAUGCCCCCACAUCCUGCUCAGCUGCGUCAUGGGCCCCCCAUGCAUACCUACAUUCCUGGACACCCUCACCACCCAACAGUGAUGAUGCAUGGAGGACCAUCCCACCCUGGAAUGCCAAUGUCAGCAUCAAGCCCCACAGUGCUUAAUACAGGAGACCCAACAAUGAGUGGACAAGUCAUGGACAUUCAUGCUCAGUAGCUUAAGGGAAUAUGCAUUGUCUGCAACCGUGACAGAUUUCAAAUAUCGUUUUUCUGCAUUGACUGUGGAGUUCCAUUCUUGGCAUCUACUGUGGACCAAGGAGCAUCCCUAAUUCUUCAUAGGGACCCUUAAAAAAGCAGGAAACACCAACCGAAGUCAACUUUGGGGACAUGCUAAAUAACUAUAUAAGACAUUAAGAGAACAAAGAGUGAAAUAUUGUAAAUGCUAUUAUACUGUUAUCCAUAUUACGUUGUUUCUUAUAGAUUUUUUAAAAAAAAAUGUGAAAUUUUUCCACACUAUGUGUGUUGUUUCCAUAGCUCUUCACUUCCUCCAGAAGCCUCCUUACAUUAAAAGCCUUACAGUUAUCCUGCAAAUGACAGAAAGGUCUUAUUUGCGGGAUUUUUAGAGCAUUAAAAUAACUAUAUCAGGCAGAAGAAUCUUUCUUCCAGCCUAGGAUUUCAGCCAUUCGUGUGCUCGCUCUCUCUCUCUCUCUCUCUCUCUCUCUCUCUCUCUCUCUCUCUCUCUCUCUCUCUCUCUCUCUCUCUCUCUCUCCCCCCUCUCCCUCUCUCCCUCUCUCUAGCCUGGGGCUUGAAUUUGCAUGUCUAAUUCAUUUACUCACCAUAUUUGAAUUGGCCUGAACAGAUGUAAAUCGGGAAGGAUGGGAAAAACUGCAGUCAUCAACAAUGAUUAAUCAGCUGUUCCAGGCAGUGUCUUAAGGAGACUGGUAGGAGGAGGCAUGGAAACCAAAAGGCAGUGUGUUUUGAAGCCUCAUUGUCACAUCAGAGCAUCAUUGUCCCCAUGCAACAACCACCACCUUAUACAUCACUUCCUGUUUUAUGCAGCUCAAAAACAUGAACUGAAGAUUUAUUUUUAAUAUGUUGACUUUAUUUCUGAGCAAAGCAUCAGUCAUGUGUGUAUUUUUCCAUAGUCCCAUCUUGGAGCAUUUAUGUAGACAUUGUAAAUAAAUUUUGUGCAAAAAGGACUGGAAAAAUGAACUGUAUUAUUGCAAUUUUUUGUAAAAGUAGCAGUUUGGUAUGAGUUGGCAUGCAUACAAGAUUUAAUAAGUGGGAUAAGCUAAUUAUACUUUUUGUUGUGGUUAAACAAAUGCUUGUUGAUAGCCUUUUUCUAUCAAGAAACCAAGGAGCUAAUUAUUAAUAAUAAUCAUUGCACACUGAGUCUUAGAGUUUCUGAUUGAAACAGUUUGGAUUGUAUAAUAACUCAAAGCCCAGUUGUAGUAGUUUGAGUGCAGUAAUGAAAUCUGAAUCUAAAAUAAAAACAAAUUAUUUUUUGUCA